AGGUAGAACGUAACCUCAAUCGCGAUUCCACGUGAUAGGUAACAGGGUUUCUGUACAGAGCUGCGAUAACACAAUCAGAUUAUUGUUUGUGUAAUUGGAUUAUAUUUCAAGAAAGUUUCGACGAAGCGACAGGAGUCAUUGCCUUUUUCAAAGGAUGCACUGGAAAACAGGUAAUUUGAUGUACAAUGACGCCGAUAGUGACGAUAGUGAUGCGAACCUGGACCAGGAUACAAGCGACGAUGAUGAUGAAAGUUUAACAAACGAAUCUUCAUCGGAUAGCAGUGACGAUAGAAUUCCUGUUAGCAAGAAGUCGAAAAGCUCCACUUCGGCAGAUGGACCAUCAUCCCAACAAAAUGAAAACAAUGACGAGGAAGACUCGGAUUCGGAUGAAGUUGUUAAAGCUAUAUUAAAUGCCAAGACACUGCACAGGAAUCAUCCGCCCUCUGUUACGUUAGAAGAUAUGAUAACAGAUAUAUGUUUUCAUCCCAAAAUGGACAUUAUAGCUGUAGCCAGUAUCACGGGAGAUGUUUUCAUGUACAAAUAUAACAAUGAGGAGACCAAUCUUGCGUCGACCAUGGAAUUGCAUCUUCAAGCUUGCCGGGACAUUGAAUUCAGUGAGGAUGGACGAUCGUUAUUCUCGACUGGAAAAGAUCUGUGUAUAGCGAUAACCGAUGUGGAAACGGAAAAGAUGGUUAGGCUGUACGAAAAGGCUCACGAGCAACCUGUAUACACAAUGACGAUAAUCAACGAGCAUGUGUUUGUAACAGGGGACGACGACGGCGUGGUAAAACUCUGGGACCUCAGGCAGAAGGGAAGCGAGCCGAUAUUUUCUAUAAAGGAGGCAGAAGAUUACAUCAGUGCAAUGGUAACCAACAGAGACGCCAAUUAUUUAGCUUGCGCCAGUGGCGAUUGUCUGACGACUAUAAAUAUACCGCAGAGAAGACUGCAUGUACAGUCCGAGGAGCACGACGACGAGCUGACCUGUCUCGGCUUAUUUAAGCACGAGAGUAAAUUAUUAUCGGCUAGUAACAAAGGGAAAAUGUACGUGUACAAUUGGGGCGAGUUUGGACUGCAUUCGGAUGAAUUCCCAAAUGCCACGAAGAAGGCUGUAAACUGUAUGGUCCCCGUCACGGAAAAUGUGGUGAUAACUGGCGGCGAGGAUGGAAUAGUCAGGGCAACCAGUUUGUUUCCUCAUCGUCAACUCGGCGUGGUUGGACAGCACAAUUUCUCCGUCGAGGCGCUCGACAUCAGCAACGACGGGACUUUAGUAGCGUCCUCCUCGCACGAUAACGACAUCAAGUUCUGGAAUGUGCAGUAUUUCGAGACCUUGAACGUCACCGAGCCCAAGAAGGGCGGAAAGCGGAAGUGGCUCGAGCACAAUCUUCCCAGCAGUCAAAUUCAUAAUCGAUCCGAUUUCUUUGCAGAAUUGUAAGCUUAUCGUUAAUAAAGUCAUACAGUUAAUUUUGUA